CAGGUAAAAUCAGAACGCGAUGAUUUAACGAGGAAACUGAAACGAAGAGAAGAAGCUAUUGAAGCAAGACAAGAGUCGUCGUUAUUAAGCGAACAAGUCGAAAUAACGAGACACGAACGAAGUGAGUCAAUGUUUGAGCAAAGUGCUCUUAUGCGGGACAAACUCGAAAAAGAGGUCUCAGUAAGGAAAAUAAGCGCUGAACUCACAAAGUCUCAACAAAGAAAUAUUGAAAUGGACGCGAAGGUGACUUCCUUGGAAGAAAAAUCAGAGACCUAUAAAAGAGAACGAGAUCACGCUAAAGAGCAAUGGAGGCAGUCGGUUAAGGAAAGGAAAAGAUUGCAUCGUGAAAUUGCUGCCAUUGUGCAAGCCAGGGACGAAGCGAUACAGAAGUGCUUUUCAACGGCAGAACAGUUAGAGAAGUUGAAGGAGGAGUACAAUCACUUGCUAAACCGCUUAGCGAAAACUGGUUUGAGUGCGAAUAAUUCGAGCGAACUUUCAAUUCCGUGCUCGCUGAAGGAGUGCAGGUUUUGUGCUGGAGAUACACCGGAAGGCGUUGAGGUAGGACAUUUUGAUAUACCGCUUGUUCUUUGCUGUCAACUCGUAGGCUCGUUUAUCGCCGUCUCAUCUCCGGGGUCCGGUCUUUGAUCCUCCUUGAAUAGAGAUUCUUUCAGGGCUGCGGAGAGGAGAAGGGGGGGGGGGGGGGGUGGGGGGGGGGGCCGGGGGGGGCGGCUUGGUAAGUGGGGGGGGGGCUCGUGGCCCCGUUGGGGGGGUGAUUUGCGGGGUUUGGCUGUGUGAGGGGGGUUGGGGGUGGGAUGGGGGGUUUUUUGCNAUGAAGAACUUUACAAAAAUGCUGUGACACUAGUCAAAACUUCUGAAAAACAACACGACAUCCCUGACACGAGACAAAACACUCUUACUAGCUUUUAUGUAAAUGUCUGUUUUUGGAUGACCUCCUUUAGGGGUAAGUUAAAGAUUGAGCAACUCCCACAUUGGUCUCCCUUAGGGGUUUAAUUUUAAUUUUCCGAAGACCAUCCCCGUCACUUUUAUAUAAGAGUGUCCCCCCGCCCGCCCUGGGGAGGAGUGCGGGCUCAUUUUCCCGAACAGCGGCUGGUAAUCGAGCCCAUCAACCUGUAGGUACAUAAACCCGUCGUAAAGUAAGAAAAUUAAUUUCUAACAAUCGUAUUCUAUUUUAUUGAAUUCUGUAAAGGCCCUUAAAUACCACCACGCAAAAGUAGUACCAAAGAGGUAAUUGAAGAGGAUUCACUUUGUAAGGUUACGCCAAAGAAUUUCAUACCUAGAUUCAAAAGUUACACCUACAGCUCAAGUUUCCGUAACUGCCGUCUGGGCGUGAUAGAAAGCUUAGCAACGACGAAGGCGAAGGCUGCGAAAUCGUUACUUAAAAAGUGAAUAAUGGCGCUGCAUUAAAGUUAUCGCUUUUAUCCCAUUUGGUCCAUUUUGUUGGCUGUAGGCGAGUUUUUGUGCGGUUGAAUCCUAAAGGACUGUAUCUGAGUUCAGAAAACGGAAAAAGAAAAUGGUUGUCCUGUGUUCAAGUUCUCCAUAAAACUGACGUGAAGGUAGUUUCCGUUCAGUCGUGCAUCGACAGCAAAGUAAUCAACAAAAAGCGUAACCUGUGCUCGUGCAAAGUUGGAAGUUUUGCUUUUUCUGCCGUUUUCGUUGCCGUUGCCUUUGUGGUCGCUUAAGCUCCUUAUUUACCGUUUGCAUCGACGGGUCGCUCCUGAUUAAGGUUAUGUUGACACCAUACCGGAUAGCCAUUCGUGCCGACACGAAAAGCUGGCCGAUUUAGUAUGAUCAGGAACGGCACAGAACUGGAGAACUAGAACAAGUCGUUCACCAUAUUGAACAUCGUACAGGAACGGUUGGCUGAGAGUUUUUGGUUCUCUUAACCCAAUCCUCACUCCUGGGCCCUGUUCCUGUAAGGCCGAUUAGCGCUAAUCCAGGAUUAAAAUUUUGUUCCGUUUUUGUAUUUUACCUUCGGUGUAUUGCCUAGAGUAGCAUUUUGUGUUAUCAUUACUGUAUGUCGGAGUAGAUGCUCAACAGUAUUUUGUAUGCUCCAGUUGCAUGUUACUUCCGCCUCAUUGGAUUCCAGUCCUAUUUUCUACUUAUUCACCUCCGCCACGGUCCCGGAAUACCUGUUCACACUGCACCAAAGAGUGGCACAGUACCUAUCCCAUACUAACGCGCCACUUUCGAGAUCGGCGCCGCGCUGCCUGCGCAGCUUCGCUCCUUUACAGAAAUCGCGUCGAAAUCACCAGUUCUCAUGUGUGAACAGAAGCCCUAUCCAGUAUGAUUUUCGCUCUGGCGCAUUGGAUAGCUAUCCGGUAUAGUGUGAACACAGUCUAAGAGGCCUAAGUAUUCGGGACUAGGCAUUUGAAGUUUGUCCCAUUACAUGAGCAUAAUUAGUCGCUUAAUCCGAAAACGGUUUCGUCUUUUUGCCCACUUUUGGUUCUUAUCGCAAUAUAUAGAUUUAGCCGAGGCUAAAGGCGAAGCUCCAGUUAAUGAAAAACAUUGCAAUAAAGAAAUCCAAUUAGAGUUGAGCCUGCGAUCAGUUGAAAACUAGAAACUUGUCUGCAGUAAACUUAAAAAAACUCGUACUCUCGAUGGGUCGACACCGAAAUACGGUCAUGCGAUAAUGGUCAGUGGAUACCCUGUUUUGAUAGCUGUCAACUGCCUACAACAUAGAUGUGCAAUAUCAGGUUGCAGGCUCCCACAUUAGCCAGAAAGUGUAACAUUUCGCAUUGGUUUCCCUGUGGUGCGGACGGGCGGGCGGGUGGACGAACGGUCACGUGACUACCAAAAUUUCUUGGAUGGAUAGGUAACCAAAUUUUCUUAGCUGUGGGGAUCCUCUCGCGCGCGCUAUUGUUCUAAUUCUAGCGAUAAAAAUUAGGUUAACUUGUUGACAAUUUUUAUAUCUUCAGUCUCCAGACACGUCUUUUACUGAAAGUGAGGAAGUACGAGUAUCAGUAGAAAAGGUGUGUUAAUAUUUUCCAGUUUGCACAAUAUUAAUAAUUAUAAUUGAACUGUAUCUUUGUCACAAGGGUAGAUUUUGAUCCUGGGUUUACAUUGUAUUUUUCUUUGUUUCAAAUUGACUGUCAUACAUUACUAUACCCAAAAACAAUACAGUAACACUAUACAGUCAACUCUCUCCAAGACGGACACCUUUGAGACCGGCACUAAGUGUCCGUCUUAGAGAGAUGUCCGUCUUAUAGAGAGUCAAAUAAAGGGAAUAAGCAAAGGCAGGGACCAACUCUAGGUGUCCGUUUUACAGAGGUGUCCGUUAAGAGAGGGUCGACUGUAUUUUACUCGAUAGCUGUCAUCGGUAUCGUAAAACAUGCAAUUAAUUCACACAUUAAACUCGCACGGUUUAGUACCAGCUAGUGCAAUGUUGAGUGCACUUUUUGCGCAAAGCUCAGGUACACUGCUCUCACUUCAAAGCAUCAGCUUCUGCUAACUGGUUAUUUAUGAAACCUUAACUAACAGUUACGCCUCCCUAAUACGGACACCAAAGGGACAGGGCCAAGUGUUUGCAUUACAAAGGUGUUCAUGUUACAGAGGUGGAAACCAAUAGUACUGACUGUAAUAAAGGGAGGCAAUGUUAUACACGGGUCGGUAAGAAAAGGCUCGACUGUAUAAGUUAUCUUUUUGUAUGCUUACUCACUUAUAGGAUGAUCCCCUCGAUUCCAUCAAAUUGGCGCGAGUUUCGAUUAGUGGCAGGCCAUGUACAGCCAUCACUGAUAUCGACAAGGCUUUUGGAACCGCCAGGAACAUCAGGUAUUAAUUAGCGUCACUUUCCUUCGUUAAGUCACUUUGCUAAGUACCGCUGUUUUUUCAAUGUACAAACAUCCGUAAAGUUUCUGAUCUCCAUUUGCGUUACUUUGCUCUAUUAUGUUUUCAGAAAAUAUGACGAGGUUGUAUCCAUCAACGAUAUCCCGGUAAGCGAAUCGGAUCAAAAUCUUGUUAAAUCUUUGCUGGAUGGAGCUGUAACGACGCUUAAUAUGGUAAGACUUGAACUGUUGGUUAUUUCUUUUGCUACCAACCCUUUUUUUCUCAUUCUCAUUUACAUGUCAAUUAAAGGAGAUAGGCGUAGAGGUCACCAUAAAAAAACUUGAGUCCAUUAUGCCGUCAACUCGACGUCUAUUCCUGAUUUUAUUCUCGCCAUAAUUUGUUUGUAUUCGUUGUUUCUUUUUAUAGGUUCUCAGGCGACCUGUUGGCAGUUGUCAGGUUAACCUGGACUUGGAUCUCAAAAUUCCAAAGAAACAUAAAACCGGUAAGAAAGUGAUAAACAUUUAUGGUAAAGGCUGUACUCAUUUAAGUCAAAUGUCGUCCGCCAAUUGGUCAGUAGACAAACGACAUUGCCCCUAUUGUAGUGCUUAGGUCUAGGGACCUUCCCUCAGUUGGUCAUUGGACAAAUGAAAUUGCCCCUUAUGUAGUUCUUAGGUCUAGGGAUCUUCCAUCAGUUGGACAUUGGACAAAUGAAAUUGCCCGUUGUGUAGUGCUUAGGUCUAGGGAUCUUCCAUCAGUUGGUUAUUGCACAAAUGAAAUUGCCCCUUAUGUAGUGCUUAGGUCUAGGGAUCUUCCAUCAGUUAGAAUUUGGACAAAUGAAAUUGCCCCUUAUGUAGUGCUCAAGUCUAGCGAUCUUCCAUCAGCUGGUCAUUGGACAAACGACAUUGUCCCUAUUGUAGUGCUUAGGUCUAGGGAUCUUCCAUCAGUUGGACAUUGGACAAAUGAAAUUGCCCCUUAUGUAGUGCUUGGGUCUAAGGAUCUUCCAUCAGUUGGUCAUUGGACAAACGACGUUUUUUGUUGCAGUGCCCAUAGACACAUGUAUUGUAGCGCUGCUUUUUCAGUCCUUUUUCAACUUCAAAAUCUUUUUGCAGGUCUCGGAUUUGAGUGUGGGUUGUACGUGAAAGCACUAAAGGAUAGCUGUAUCUCAGAAGAUCAAAACAAACUCGAAAUAGGAGAUUAUGUUAUGAAGGUAAGAUAAAAUCAUUUUUGUAAUCCGGUGAUCGAGCAAUUUUCAGUGGUUAUAUCCGACCCAUUGCGCCACCUAUUUGAUAGCUGGGCACGCUACGCUUCGGAGGUUUUAUCAUUUUCCGCUAGGCCUUAGGUUUCGUUAUUUUGGCCAAUAGUAUUUCAUUAGAUUAAGAGAUGCAUUUAACAUUUUCUUUCAUCAUUACAUCUUAUCACUAUUUCUUCAAAACUUGUUACUAAAUUUAUUAUUUGUAAGUUAAGCUUACCUCGGCGUUCCCCGUUGUUGUAGAUCAACGGUAAACAUCUGGAUAAAAUCAUUGCUUCAUCUGUGGAGAAAGUUUCCAAGAAAAACGGUGACAAAUUGAAGCUUCACGUAUCCAGAACGAUCCAAGCCAAGCCAGGAAUGUGCGAAUUCAAGGUAGGUUGCUUUCUCACCUACGUAGAUAUAUGAGAAGUAAAGCCCAGUUGAUUCUUUAAGCUCUCAUAGUGACCAGUAAUAGAAACCCAGUAAUAGAAACCCGGUCACCAGCACCUGCAAUUUCUUCUUUCGCUUUCGAAAUAAGCACAGAGGCUUAAAAAAACAACGAUAAAGUGGAUUAUUUGGUACCGUGGAACGAAAAAAGACAAUUCCUUGCUCUUUUAAAACUGCAGUCAAACCUCCACGUGCAACCACCUCUCGUUACGAUCCAAUCAUAUUUAGCGACCAAAUUACAGUAAAAAUGGCGCGGCUAUUUCUGGUCGUUUACGAGAACUUGCUGUCGUAAGCGAUCUUGUGAUAAAAGUAUUGUGGGUGUUCGCUUAUUAGAGUUUUUGUGACAAAAAAAACAAAAGUGGCGUAAUUAUGUUGUUGAUUGCAAAUCGUUAAUCCAUUCAGCUAAAAUAUUAUUAGAUAGUUUCUCUUUUAACGUAUAAAAUACAAAAUCAGCUUUUAUUUUACGUUACCCCGUUUAUUCUAGUGUUGACUAAUUAGUUAACGAUAAUAUAAAAACCAAUGAAAAGAUCAGCCUGUGAUUCAGAAAAAGUGGCCCCUUCGAUUACCAGAGCCCUUCUUUGCAGAGUUAAAUUACAGUUCAAACUGGGUUUCACCAAGCUGGUCAUAACUAGUGCAGGUCGCUUACGAGAGUGGUCGGAAGGCCGAAAGCGUCGACUGCACUAAAUACUUUUCAAUUGGAACCCUCGGAUAAUAGUCCUGAAUAAGACUGUUGUUGAUAGUUACUGGCUCUUUUUCGUGAACCUGUUGGACGAUCAUCUGUCGUACCUCAUUCUCCUGGUAUCUCUCAAGNUGCCCCUUAUGUAGUGCUUAGGUCUAGGGAUCUUUCAUUAGUUGGUCAUUGCAUAAAUGAAAUUGCCCCUUACGUAGUGCUUAGGGCUAGGGAUCUUCAAUCAGUUGGUCAUUGGACAAAUGAAAUUGCCCCUUAUGUAGUGCUUAGGUCUAGGGAUCUUCCAUCAGCUGGUCAUUGGACAAAUGAAAUUGCCCCUUAUGUAGUGCUUUGGUCUAGGGAUCUUCUAUCAGUUGUCAUUAGACAAACGACAUUUUAUGUUGCAGUGCCCGUAGACACCUGUAUUGUAGCGCUGCUUUUUCAGUCUUUUUCAACUUCAAAAUCAUUUACAGGUCUCGGAUUUGAGUGUGGGUUGUACGUAAAAGCACUAAAGGAUAGCUGUAUCUCAGAAGAUCAAAACAAACUCGAAAUAGGAGAUUAUGUUAUGAAGGUAAGAUAAAAUCAGUUUUGUAAUCCGGUGAUUGAGCAAUGUUUAGUGGUUAUUUCCGACCUAUUGCGCCACCUAUUCGAUAGCUGGGCACGCUACGCUUCGGAGGUUUUAUCAUUUUCCGGUAGGCCUUAGGUUUCGUUAUUUUGGCCAAUAGUAUUUCAUUAGAUUAAGAGAUGCAUUUAACAUUUUCUUUCAUCAUUACAUCUUAUCACUAUUUCUUCAAAACUUGUUAAUAAAUUUAUUAUUUGUAAGUUAAGCUUACCUCGGCGUUUCACGUUGUUGUAGAUCAACGGCAAACAUCUGGAUAAAAUCAUUGCUUCAUCUGUGGAGAAGGUUUCUAAGAAAAACGGUGACAAAUUGAAGCUUCACGUGUCCAGAACGAUCCAAGCCAAGCCAGGAAUUUGCGAAUUCAAGGUAGGUUGCUUUCUCACCUACGUAGAUAUAUGAGACGUAAAGCCCAGUUGAUUCUUUAAGCUCUUAUAGUGACCAGUAAUAGAAACCUGGUCACCAGCCCUUGCAAUUUUGUUCUUUCCCUUUUGAUAUAAAAACAGAGGUUUGAAAAAACAAAAACAAAGAUGAAGUGGAUUAUUUGGUUCCAUGGAACGAAAAAAGACAGUUUCUUGCUCUUUUUAAACUGGAGUCAAACCUCCACGUGCAACCACCUCUCGUUACGAUCCAAUCCUAUUUAGCGACCAAAUUACAGUCAAAAUGGCGCAGCCAUUGCUGGUCGUUUACGAGGGCUUGCUGUCGUAAGCGAUCAUGAAAGAAAAGUAUUGUGGGUGUUCGCUUACCAGAGUUUUUUUGACAAAAAAGAAAAGUGGCGUAAUUAUUUUGUUGAUUGCAAAUCGUUAAUCCAUUCAGCUAACAUAUUAUUAGAUAGCUUCUCUUUUAACGAAUAAAAUACAAAAUCAGCUUUUAUGUUAUGGUAUUACUCUAAUUCGGUCAGUACGUUACUGUUUUCAUUCAAGUGUUGACUAAGUGGUUCACGACAACAUUAAAACCAAUGAAAAGAUCAGCCCGUGAUUCAGGAAAAGUGGCGCCUUCGCUUACCAGAGCUCUUCUUUGAAGAGUUAAAUUACAGUUUAAACGGGUUUCACCAACCUGGUCAUAACUAGUGCAGGUCGCUUACGAGAGUGGUCGCAAGGCCGAGAGCGUCGACUGCACUGAAUACUUUUUCCUUUACAAAACAUUCAGUUGGAACCCUCUGAUAAUAGUUCUGAAUAAGACUGUUGUUGAUAGUUACUGGCUAUUUUUUUGUGAAUCUGAUGGACGAUCCUCUUUUGUACAUCUUUCUCCUGGUAUUUCUCAAGUUUUUUGCCACCCUCUUGUCUAUAUCAAGGUAACUGGAGAGGGGUGAAUGAACUUACUAACCCCCCUCUGUACUUUUGUACAUUUUCCAAUCCUACUUGCCUUUUUCUCCAGACUUGUAACGCUACUGAUUCCGAGUCCGAGAGCGUUGUAUUAAGGCGUCUUCCUCGUGGUAAUGGAGACAACCGUCUUUCACUCAUAUCGAAUGACAGCUCUUUAUCACGUGACUCCAAAUUUUCUAUGAACUCAAGCGCUGGUUCCAUGAGCUCGAACAACGAAUCGUCACUGGCGGACUCGACCUCAGACCUUUACGGAAAUAGAUACCCGGUUUAUGGACUUUUCCUGUCCGACAGACAUAAAACUGGAAGUGGUAUUUAUACACCUGCAUCAGAUUCUCAACUGGAAACAAUAGUGGCAGACGAUUGGCCUGACGCGAGGACAGUAACUAGCGCGGAUGAUUCCCAGGAUGCCUCGGAUGCUAAAGAGAGCGAUGCUUGCGACUAUGGGACUUUGAAACGGAACAGUCGCGCGCCAGUAAACCGGAAGUUCGUUAGUACGUCGCAACUGCAGUCGGGAACGUUUUUGACGCCGACUUUGGACGGUACGUUGCAUCGUGCCCAGUCCACCAUCACUGCUGUUCGAGUCGACGAUGAUGGAUUGAGUUCGAGCAUAAUAAGGUCGAGCACUUGUGGAACAAUCGUCCCUGUAGGAGAAAGGUUCGUAAAUUUUGAAAGUUUGUGUUUCAGUCCCCUCAGUUAACUCGUCUUAUACGGACCUCUAGUAGGAAAAAUGUGUUGCUGUUGUUUCGCCAUGUUGCCCUUUUGUUUGAAACGCUUGUGUUGGAAGGAAAAUUUGCCACUUAUACGCACAUCUGCUUAAAAAAUAGUUCUAUUUCUAAGCUUGCCCAUUUUCAAAAUCCUUUAAAAAUUUGCUUACAUUUGAAUGGUUCAAAUUCGACAUGUCACUUAAUAGGCGUCGCGUUGCAUAUUUCACAGAGAUAACUUAUGCUUUACUUGAUAUGCGGUACAUUCUUUUUUUAUAUAAGAACUUUUUUUUACAAGAACGUAAGAUUAAGAACAUGCCAAGAACAUACCCGAAGCUCAGAGAAGAACAAUUAAUGUAUUUUCACCGCCUUAAAUUGCCUAAAUCCAAAAAAUCUGAAUUACUAAUAAGGUCCUACAUGGAAUCAGAGGGCAUGUAAAGCGAAGCCACGUUAAAGACUUAGUGUAAGGCGAUUCACUGACUGCUACAACGAGCCCCGUGUCAUCUGAUCUAUGAUAAUAUGUAACUUAAAAGUUAUCAGAUUUCAGUUAUUGAAUUUUUUUCCGUAAGAACAUUUCCCAGAGGAAACUGCCCAGAAAAUAAGAACGGUCCAGGCUCAACUGGAAAAAUGGACGUUCUUAUUAAAAAAGAGUGUAUUUGAGAUUCUGUUACAAAGCAAACUCAGUCAUUAAUGUUGGUUAGAGUAGUGUACAAUUUACAAGAGUUAUAAUUUGUUAUCACUAAACAAUAACGCAGUUAAUUAACCAUCUAUCUGCUCCGUCUCUCUCCUCAGCCCCCGUGUUAUUCGCCUGGAAAAAAAGCCGUUGGAUGGCCUGGGAUUGGAGGUAUCGGGUGGUUAUCGCGUUGGAAUUUACGUUAUCGAGCUUCUGGAAAACUCUGUUUGUAAGGCUGCUGGCCUGCAAGUUGGAGAUAGACUUUUCAAGGUAAGAAAUCUCACGUUAAGUUUCUACUUUAGUCUUGCUUUCUGAAAUUUUUACCUUUUUUCUCCUUAGUUGAAUAGCUACGAUCUAACAAGAGCUACUUUGGAUCAUGCCACACGGAUUGUGCGCCUUCUCAGCACGUGCACUUAUCUCAGGAUCGAGGCUCAACUGGUAUCAAGUAAGUCUUCUUCGUCCAUAAAAAAAAAAAUGUUGCUUAUGCCUUCAUGGUAGCAAUUUUGUUGAUAUGACGUAACAGCUCCUUAGUUGUGCCAUAGCCUGACUAUGUUAUUAACCUGAUCUUGUAAAACAAAUCUCAAACUAUCCAUUAAAUGUACUUCAAAAGAUGUUUUCGAUGUCAUGUAGCAAGGAAAUCCAAAGGGGCAACAUCUACCCCGAGAGGGGGCUUAUUAGCUUUCGUCCCCUGAAAACAGGGGGCUUAUUUGAGGGGGGGGGCGGGGUGCUAAAUAGAGAAUUUACGGUACUUAGCGUGAUGACUCGUGUUUUUGUAGAUUACAAGGACAUUCUGGAAGACAAACCUUACGAUUCACUUUAUGUCAGGUAAGUAUGACUUAAUGUAGCAGUGCCGUAAUUCGUGCAAUAUCUCAGGGUUUUUCUCCAACAACGAGCUGACGUUCGGGAUCAUUUUUUUUCCUUUUCGCUUAUACGUUGUUGAAAAUGGACGGUUGAGCAUGUGUCGAAAACGAGGACGAAUUUGCUGUGCAAAGUCGUCGUACUACGACCAUGGAAAACGGGAUUGACACUGCACGCAGGCAUGCGCCGUGGCAUUUGUUCCUAACCAUAGCACUUGUGAUCAUCGUUGAAUCUUAAACUCUUCGUCUCCUCUGAUUUAUUCAUACUUUCGAGUGCAGAUUGCUUCCCUUAUUGAACUCAUCGUCGGUUUAAUAACUGAAUCUAUUUAUUACUAUAAUGGCUGCGGUCGCACAAGGGUUUGCCUAUAAAGUAACAGCGGUGUAAACGUAUCUGUUAACGUUUGACUGUUAACACUAAAUCUUCUGUUUAAGGGUCGCAUUUCGUUUGCUUAAGAAUUGAUUUUUGACUUGAUGACAGGUGGGUGAUGAACCUGGGAUUUCAAGUUUUAUUCAAAAUAAAACAUCAUGCAGUUUCAACUCGCUCUCUUGGCAAGUUAACUCGAGAUUUAAAUUUAACUUUUAUAGCUUGUUUAUUAAGAAAACACCAUUGUAAACACUGGUUUUUAACCCUAGUGCGGUCACAGCCAAUGUUCGCAUCCCCCCCCCCCCAUCUGUUUCACAAAGAUGAUUUUGAUUGACUGAUUGAUUGAUUGAUUGAUUGAUUGAUUGAUUGAUUGAUUGAUUGAUUGAUUGAUUGAUUGAUUGAUUGAUUGAUUGAUUGAUUUUGUUCCUCAGAACUAUUCACCCAUACAAAGCUAUGUCUCCAGACGAGCUCAGCUUCACGGUGGGGGAAACGCUACAUGUAAUCAACACGCGUGCAAACUAUGAUCAAGCGAGGCAAAGUUGGAAAUGGGUGGCUCAACGCAUGAGGAAAGACACCAAGGUUCUUGAAGAAGGUCUAGUUCCUUGCAUGGGAAGGUAGGCUUUAGAGAAUUCGUUCCCAGAACUUGUAGUAGCAAGUAGCAGGGGACGGGAGGGACUGCACCUGAUCGCACCUGACCAUCAUGGCACAAAUGGUAUUCUGUAACCACUCGACCACAAGUCAUAGUAAUGAACUUACGCAACAGAGGAAAGACGGCAAACCCUUUGUGACAAGCGUGACAUUAAAAAUUCGUUUGAAAAAAAACGUUUCGUCAAACUCUGCCCUCCUUUAAACAGAUCUUUUAGUAAAUGACCAGAAAACAUUAAUGUGAAGUGAAGAUCACGACAAAGCACACAGUCAAGUAAUUACCUUGUCACGUUUGUCACAUACAAGCGUCAGCGCGUUUCGCCGUCCUCUCCUUUCUGCCGUCUUGCUGCGUAAACUCAAUAGUAUGAGAACCACUGACAAUAAGCAGUCGAGAUGUCGCGAUUUACAACUUAAGUGACGUGAGAGACUGCGAAUCGCGAGACAAGCAAUAUUCUCCUGUUUAUUGUUCUUACCGCUCGAAUAGGCCAUUUUCAAAAUUGUGUGCGGACAGCCCUAGCCUUUGAAUAGGAGCAUGGCUUAGGGUGGCCUUGUUUUGUUUCAGUCCUUACUGCUUUUCGUGAGCAAAUCGUGUUCUUCUCUUGCUACCAGGUCCGUUAUCAUGUGAAAAACAAGUAGGUAGAAACAAAACAAGGCGCUCAGCCUCGCUUCUAUUCAGAGGCUAGGGAGCUGAGCACACUACCUUAAAAUGGCCUACGUUUAGACAUGAGAAUAAGAAACCUGAUAAUUUGUAGGAGUAACACAAAACAGAACCCUAGUUCCUUUGGUUAUAAUUAUUUCCCUUUCCUUUAACAGUAUUCCAGAACAUGUUGAGUCAUCAGUCUUGUCUCAAACUCUUCAGCGGUUUGAUUCUGAGUCUGAGGAACGUAUGAGUGAUGAUACACCAUCAACAUUAAAGAGAGCUUCAACUGAUCGGCGCAGCAUCAUUCAGAGAUACCGCAAACUUAUGAAACGAGAGAGCAGGGAAUUCGCCCAUAAUACAGACGAAAAUGGUGAGAACUUUCUCAUAAAAGAUAACUAACCUUUUUCACGGCAAGCCGCCUGCCUUAAGUCAGCUUAACCGUCUUUUAAUACUUCCCGAUUUCUGAAACCGUUUCAAAGGUCAGAACCCGCUUGUACGGCGUCAGACGGAACCAUAGUCCCAUGUUACUAAGUACAAUUCAUUUAAAUGUUUAUACAGUGACUUAUCCUCUACAGACUCCAAACGAGAAAACAGACACCCAAGAAAAAGAAUGGAGAGCUAGAUAGCUAGAUAAUUUUCCAGUGAUCGCUCAAUUCACCCUUGCAGUUUCUUAUAAUUUUUGUAACACUUAACAUGCAGUGAAUACCCAUGUGAUGUUUUUUCUUUCUUCUGCAGGUAACACGAACAAGGUGAUGUUUUACGAAAUCCUAAGCAAGAUUUCGGACUGA